CUGGAAUUAUAUAAUAUUGGGUUUAAGUAGAAAUGGAAUGUUGGAAGUUUGGAAAAGAGAUAGGAAUUUAUCAGGAUGACAGAGAAAUUGAUGGGAGAAUGGAGAGAAAUGUUUAUUAUAAUUUAACACAUGAGUUUGUGAGUGGGGUGGAUUUGUUAGCCCAUACUAUCUUGCAGAAACCAAACAUACAGUCUGAUUUGUUUUUUAGAAAAAUUAAGAAAUUGAAGAAAAAGAGUAUACAAAAGGUGUCUGUUUGGAAGAACUCUGAUUCUAAUCAUUUUAGAAAGUUUCUAAAAACUUGUGCAAUAAAGGAAGUACUUAAGCUAAAUUUAAUACUACCAAAAUAAUCAGCAGAAAAUUUAUAGCUGCUUUCAUAAAUGCACCACACAAAUUCUUCCAAAAGUUACAACAUUGUUGACACUACAAUGCUGCCAAAUCAGCAAGAAUCAGCUUAGAAAAAUUAUCCAAGUCGGCAGGCAUAUAAAAGUUAUGCGUUAUGUUCGAUGAAAAAUAGAUAGUUCUGACAUUGAACUCGCUAAAUCUCUGAACUAUUCUAUCGAAUCAAUCUCGUUUAACUUCCAGAAAUUUCCAAUAGAUCAGCCAACCGAAGAAAUCCAGGAAAGUAUGCUAAGCCUUAUCGAAGCAGCUUCACUUACCAAUCUGAAGUGAUCUUUAUCGACUUUCUUUGUCAAUAUCCCAAGAGUAAUGAGUUGAGUUCAACUUCAAGGAAAGAACUUAAAUUUCAAAUCACUCGGAGCUCCAAGUUCGUAAAACAACAAUUCAAUAUUUGA